GCUGUCACCAGUGUCAGACAGACUUCCUCUGGAGAUAACUUCACUGUCACUGGCAGGCAUUCACUACAGACGCACCAUGGGAAAGCAGAAGUUCUACUUGGACAAACUGGCCCGGACGUUCCAGAUCCGAAACACCCUGCUUCGGCAGGGCCUGGCAGAAUGCCUGGGGACCCUGAUCCUGGUGAUGUUCGGCUGUGGAGGGGUGGCCCAGGUGGUGCUGAGCGCUGGCACUCACGGCCUCUUCCUCACCGUCAACUUCGCCUUCGGCUUCGCCGCCACGCUGGGAAUCCUGGUCUGCGGGCAGGUCUCAGGUGGCCAUCUGAACCCCACCGUGACCUUUGCCCAGUGCCUGCUCGGGAGGGAACCAUGGAUAAAGUUCCCAGUGUUCUUCUUCUUCCAGACCCUGGGGGCCUUCUUGGGCGCUGGAGUCAUUUUCGGCUUGUACUAUGAUGCAUUGUGGGACUUUGCGGGGGAAAGGAACGAUCUCAUUGUCAUUGGGGAAAAAGCCACAGCCGGGAUCUUUGCCACCUACCCUUCAAAGCAUCUCACCCUCCUCAAUGGCUUCUUUGACCAGUUGAUCGGCACGGCGGCCCUGAUUGUGUGCAUCCUGGCCAUCGUGGACCCUUACAACAACCCCAUCCCCAAAGGCCUGGAAGCCUUCACCGUGGGCUUCGUGGUGCUGGUCAUCGGCCUGUCCAUGGGCUUCAACUCGGGCUACGCCGUCAACCCCGCCAGGGACUUCGGGCCGCGUCUCUUCACCGCCCUGGCUGGCUGGGGCCGGGAAGUGUUCACGGCCAAGUCGUACUGGUUCUUCGUGCCGAUUUUCGCGCCCUUCCUGGGCACGGUGAUAGGGGUGUUCGUGUACCAGCUGAUGGUGGGCUUCCACGUGGAGGGGGAGGCCCGGGACAAGAUGGAGGCAGAGGAUGAGGAGCGCAUCAAGCUGUCCAACGUCACUUCCAAGGAGACGGCGUGAAGCCCACGCACGGCCAAGCGUCUUCCCUGAAACAUCCGGCCCCCCUGUUUUCACUCUCAUUCACCUGUCCUCUGGAUCAGACAGCGCCCCCUGUUGGCACACUGAACUCUGAAUCAAACUGCAGUCGCUCGUCCUGAUGGGAUUGGUGCAGCCGCACCUGUGUGUGUGUGUGUGUGUGUGUGUAUGUUCCGUGCUCCAGCUUCGGUACAUGUGAACAAUACACAGACCCAUGUUAUUGUAUCUACCUAAUUCAUCUUUGUGCAGCUCUCUCAUUUCUGGGGGCAGUGUUUUUUUUCCCGAUUGGAUCACAAUCCUGUCUUUCUACCAAAGAAAAAAAAGGUUGCUCCCUGUCUGCACUGAUAUAGAAUUAUAUUAAUUCUCAGAUAUCUAAUAUGUCUAUCAAAAACAAUGAAAUUGUAUACCUUAGUAUAGAACCUUUGUGCAGACAGUAUUCUAUGUUUUAUAAUGUAUUGUAGAUUUAUAUAUAUUUAUUUAGAGAAUGGUUUCUCAACAAAGAUUCCAGACAGGGGCCUGGUGUUAUUCUUUUUGUUAGCAUUUGCAACAAAUUGUUUCAAAUUUUGUCUGAAUCUAUGAAAAUAAUAUUUAAAAUUUCAUCUGGUAGCGCUUGAAAGGUUAAGACAGUGAACCAUGUCCUUAUUAAUAAUUCAUGACGCCAGUGUAGGCACAAGGAGCUUUGGCCUGUGUAUGUAUAGUAUCCUGAUUGGCCAAAAGAGGAAAGAAUACAUCCAUAUUUCCUCAUAAGCACACCAGCACACAAAACAAGUUUAAAAAGUUGAGCAUUGAGUCCAUAAAAAUAUCUCCACUCAGAUUCAAACACCAGUAUAUCUCAAGUAUUUAAAUACUGCCGUGCUUAAAACUACCAAAAAAGGCUGAAAGAAAUCAUCACACAAAAAGGGGGGUUUCAAAGAUUUCUACGACAUUCUUGCCUUGCUUGCGGCUUGGAAUUACAUUUCUGAGGGUGAAGAGGGCUCGCCAAAAAAAGUCCUUGUUGCCCCAUUUCGAAAAGGCUUCCAAGUUCAUCUGAAACCAAACAAUCCAGCAAUGCUGUAAAUAUUGUUAUUGGUUUUUAAUCUCAGAAUGUGUAUACUCAGGGGCACAGCUAGAAUUUCUGGGCCCCCUGAAUGAAUGUUGCUUUGGUCCCCCAUCCAAGCUGAUUUUUUUUGUUCCUCUCUCCAGCUGUGGAUCCCCCCAUGCUGAGCCAUAGAAUAGUCACCAACUUAUACCCCAUUAGCGAUUACUCUGUGUACACUUUCCUGAUUCCCAGUGCAAUGAAAGGGCAUUGACUGUGAGCCCUGUUGCAUUGUAAAGCAUUUGUAUUUUGUAUUUUGUGAGAUUCGUUUUUUACGUUUUAUAGGCCAGGGAGAUUUUGUCAUUUGUUUUUUGUGUUACAAUAAAGGCCUUUUUUUGUCUUAUAAA